UGGGGCCCUCGCAAAAUCUUUUUGGCCUUGAAGGACGCAAUCCCAGGCUUCCUCCCGAAGUCCUCCGCCUCUGGGACCAAGCGAGGAAGCUCACGUUAGUGGCAGCCAAGGAGAGGGGCUGGCCGUGCCAGGACUAAAGAGGGAGGGGAAAAAGCAAGUUUCGCCCACCCCACGUUCUUUCGGGCGGAGGGGCGGGAGCAGCGCGUCCAGGCCAGGCCGAGCGGUAUCUUGGGCUCCGGGCAUCUAUCUCUUCGGAAGCGGCGCGGGAAGGAUGCUGAUCCGCAGGGGCGCGCGCGCGGGGCGCUGGAUGCCGCGGGGCUGGACCACGCUCUGCUUGCUGAGUUUGCUGCCCUCUGGGUUCACAGUUGUGAACAGCUCGACUACUGCUUCCACCUCGCCAACUGCCUCUGGGUCAACUCCCACCGAGCCAGCUACCGCAGGGACAGCUAUCACCGGGCCAACUAUCUCAAACAUAUCUUCACCUGUUUCUACAAAUAUAUCCAACCAGGAAACCACAUCAAAUGCUUUCGAAAGUGCCAGCCUCCACACUGUCUCUCAGGGCAGCAGUGGGACCACCGUAGCCAUCUCAGGCCCUACAGUUAAUUUCAUGUCUACCUCGGCGGUCACCCUCGUCCCCGAAACCGUGAACUCUUCUGUCCAGCCCCAGACCUCUCUAGCCACUGUGUCCUCCGCCACCACCAACUUUACAACUUCAGAGGUGACCCUGCAGCCCAGCACGUUCCCAGGAAAUGUUUCAGAUCCCCUAUACAACAGUACCAGCCCUGCGAGAUCCCCCACUAGCCCCGACACAUCCUCUCCUCCUACCCCAGGGAGCCACGAGGGGGAAGUCAAAUGUGCCCAAAUCAAAGAGGUGAAAUUGACCCAAGGUAUCUGCCUGGAGCAAAAUGAGACCUCCGGCUGCGAGAAGUUUAAGAAGGACAAUGGAGAGAAGCUGAUGCAAAUCCUGUGUGGGCAGGAGCAGGCUGAGGCCGGGCCGGGGGUGUGCUCCUUGCUCCUUGCCCAAUCUGAGGUGAAACCUCACUGCCUGCUGCUGGUCUUGGCCAACGGAACAGAACUUAGCAGCAAGUUCCUGCUUCUGGGAAAGCACCAGUCUGAACUGAGAGAGAUGGGCAUCCAAAACUUCUCGAAACAAGAUGUUAGGAGCCACCAGAGCUACUCCCGAAAGACCUUGAUUGCACUGGUCACCUCGGGGAUCCUGCUGGCUGUCUUGGGCACCACUGGCUACUUGCUGAUGAACCGUCGCAGUUGGAGCCCUACAGGAGAAAGGCUGGAGCUGGAACCCUGACCGCUCUUCAGGAAGAAAGGAGCCUGCACAGGCAGCUGCAACCUCCCUCUCCCCACUUCCGUCCCCUCCCCAGCCCCACCUCGCUCCCCUGCUUACCAGAUAAUGCUCCUUUAUUUAUAUACCGUCUAGGGCGAAGACCCUUAUUACACGGAGAACGGUGGAGGCCAGGGCUAUAGCUCAGGCCCUGGGGCCUCCCCUGAGGCUCAGGGAAAAGCCAGUGUGACUCGAGGGGCUCAGGAGAACGGCACCGGCCAGGCCACCUCCAGAAACGGCCAUUCAGCGAGACAACCCAUGGUGGCAGAUACUGAACUGUGACUGGGCUGGGUGGGGCGAGGCUGGGGAAGGGGCCCUCCCAGCCUCUGAACGUGUGCUGCCUCUCUUCCCUGCUCCCCUUUCCCGCUGCACACUCCCGUGGAGGCCGUCCCUGGGACCCUGCACUGAUCUCGGGGAGAGGCAGGCCACCCUGCCCUUUACACACGUGGCUCCUUGCGCCCAGCCUCUGAGUUGCUCAGAGUUGGGGGGGGAUGGGGAAGCCCAUGUGCAAAGCAACUCCUGAGGAGUUGAUGGCCUCACGGCGUUCACACGGGGGCUCCCUGCCCUCCUCUCUGCCUCACUGCAGGAACUCCCAGGGGAAAGCACGGGCUUUUCUGAGCUGUAAUUUCCUCCCAGAAGUCUUUGCCUUCUACCGUCUUUGUUCCUUAUAUUUUCUUUCUCUACUUUAGGGAAACCAAAGCAACCCCUGCACCUGCUCCUUUGUAAUGAUAUAGCCAGGAAACCUUGUGUUAAACCAUCUCCCUCAUCUUCCCUCUGAGUCACUGUGGAUUCGGUCACCAGCCCCCCUCUUGCUUUCCACGUUCCCAGAGCUGCACAGGUACCCCCGCAUCUGUGGACAGAGGCCUGCACAGAUCUCUGGCGGAGGCUGGAACUAGACUCCCAGUUUGAGAGCGAUGCCCAGUGUCUGUGUGUUUGGGGGACAGGGUAGGCACACAUGGACAUGCGUGUUCCCACUCAUGGGGCAGGUGGGUGAGGGCACACAGCUCGGUCUCUGCAGGGAGCCUCUGCUUGGGCUGCUCUUUCUCCCUGUGGUUCUGAGGGGGCUGGACGGUGGCAGCAGAUCUCCAAGCCAUGCCUCUUGACUGUGCCCUUCUGAGGAAAUCUCGUGCCCUGAGCCUAGGGUCCUGGCCUCAUCCUCUGCCUCAAUGGCUUCCUCCCUCCUCUCCCUGACUCCUGGGUCGGGCCAUGGCCUCAGUUUCCCAGCAGAUUCCAUUCUGUCUCUGCCUUUGCCACCCUCACCCCGCUCACGGCUCUGCACCCCACGCGGUCAGGGCCCCAGGACAUCUCCAGAGGACCCCCUCUGAAAGCCACCUUCUCUGUAGGUGACCCAGGUCCUUGUUUUUUGUUUCUAUGUUUUUGUUUUUUUUCGGGAGGGGUGACCCAAGAAUCCUGACGAUUGGAAAUAGAACUUUCCAGAGAUAAGAAGAUGGGUGAAUUUUUUUUUCUGAAUAAAGAAUGGUAUUUGUAGAUACUGUAAUUAAAGUGAUACUGAAACA